AUGGGGAAAUUCAUCAAGUCUGGCAAAGUUGUGUUGGUUUUAAACGGACGUUAUGCAGGCAAAAAGGCUGUCAUUGUGAAAAAUUACGACGAUGGAACCAGCGAUAAACCUUACGGUCAUGCACUCGUGGCUGGAAUUGCUCGCUACCCACUGAAAGUUACAAAGAAAAUGGGAAAGAAGAAGACGGCAAAGAGGUCCAGGAUAAAGCCUUUUGUAAAAGUUUACAACUACAACCAUCUUAUGCCCACAAGGUGAGUACUAACCCUCUGCAUCCCAGCGUCAGAAUGCAAGUUCUACAUCCUGUUCUCUAUACAUUUCUUAUGAUACGCACAAGGAGAAUUUGUCUAACAAACAAGAGCUCCUUGAGUUUGCGAUCAUUUCCACUAUUCAGAUAACCUUAUGUUUGAUUCCGGGGUGAUGUUGCUGAAAGAAAUUAGCUGCCUAAAGGAUUAAUUGAAAAUUUGCUCAGCUGAUACAACACUGUAAUUUGCCUGUUACACAAAGUUCCCAGAAUUAAUGUUGAACCAUCUUUGUCAUUGUAUUGUCAAUUUUAUUUCUCCUGAGAUAGUUUUAAGAAGCAAUAAUCGACCUUAAUCUGCUUCAAUCUUUGUCAGUUAAUCCUAUAACCCUAAACUCCCAAGAUCUGAUUGUUAAUUCUCCCCUGUAGCUGCUACACAUUUCCUUGUGAAUUAGUUAUGAGAACUAGGUGCUAGAUCAAGAUAGCAGCUUCUACCUGAUAAGUUUGAAUAUUCUCUUUACCUGUUUGUUGGAGAACGUAUGGAUAUUGUAGGGAGAAGUUUUAUGUUAAUCACUUCUGGGAGUUAAAGGGUUAACUCCCAAGAUCUGACUGUUAAUUCUCCCCUUUAGCUGCUUCACAUUUCUUUGUAAAUUAGCUACAGGUAUUUGGUGUUAGAUUUGGCUAACUUCUACCAGAUAAGUUCAAAUACUUUCAUAACCUGUUUGCUAGAUAUUGUGUGGAUAUUUUAGGGGGAUGUAACAUAUUUAAUCACUUCAAGGAAUUGCAGGCUCAGGGUUGAGCAAGACAAAGUGAUAUGCCCCUCGUUUGAUCAAUUUUUUUAACAUAUCUGCAACUCCAAACAGCUUGUGAUAACCUUUUUCAGAGUAGGUAAAAGGCAAAAUUUCAGGUGAGAUAAAGCUAGAGGAUUGGCCAAUGAAACAAGGACUAAAUUGGUCUGAGGUUUAUUGGGAUCAAUGGGUUUUAUAAGAUCUUUGAUAUGUGGGAUUUUAAUUUAUUGCCUGCUUUGUAAUAACCAGGGUAAUAAUUCUGUCCAACAAUUUCAAAACUGUGUAUUUCAUAAUUAUAGAGAAAUCCUGUCUUUUGUCUGCAGGUACUCAGUCGAUGUCAACCUGGACAAACAGGUGAUUAAUAAAGAUGUGUUCAGAGAUCCAGCACUGAAACGUAAAGCCAAAAGGGAAGCCAAAGUGAAAUUAGAAGAAAGGUAGGCCAGCCUUACUCAUGCUUUUGUUUUUGUCAUUGUUGUUUUGCAUCCAUGUGACCAUGGAACCCAGAGAACCAUGUUACCAGAAAGGAUCCUGGAACGUGACUUUCUCAAGAAAAACAAACUCUUUAGGCAUGAGAGAUCUAAACUUACUCAUCAGUGAUGCCAAUGCAUUUCUGGUAUUUUGGUUUGCUCACAUCUCUUUGUCUCUGUUGUUUGAAGGGCUGAUAGCACUAUCCACUGGAUAAAUCUCUUUGCAGUGAAUAGUGUGUUAUGGUUUGUUAACACUUAUCCACAAUUACAAUUUAUCUGUUGGAUGGCAUCAUCCACCCAUUGAACAUUGGGGCCCUGGUCUCUGAACCCUAAAAUCAGUAUGCAUAUUCUCCUUACUGUUCUAUAAACAUUUCCUUAGAUGCUGACGGGGAGAAUUUGUCUAACAAUUAAGAUCCUCUUUAGUGGGCGAUCAGCUCUUUUAUUCUCCUGACCUUAAUGUUUGAUUGAGGGGAGAUAUAGUAAGGAGAGAUUAGAUGCUCAUCAUUCUUAGAGGUUAAAGGGUUUAAAGAUGAGUCAUGACACAUGAAAGUUCUCAGUGAUAUUUCAGAUAUUUUUCAAUCCUUCAUGGUUGUCCAAGUUUGACAGUUAAUUAUUGUUGACCAUUUUUUUAAUUCCUCUCUGUCAUUUUGGUUAAGUCUUACUCACUAGCUAGGUGGCUCAUUCAGGUGUAGCUUAUCCCAGCUUUCAUAAGUGUCUGGUGUUGAAUUUCCCCUUACAGUAUCACCCUUGAAUUAAACUUAAAGGUCAUGAGCUAAAAGGAAUUUAUCACCAACUGAAGAAGCUCUUGACUUUGAAACAAAUUCUUCUUGUCAACACCUUAGGAAAUGUAGAGAGAACAGUAUGGAGAAUAUGCAUACUGAUAUUUGGGUGUAAAGGGUUAAGCAACUAGGAGUUUUGGUAAUCUCCUGGGAUGGGUUACCUGUAAAUGGCUGGGUACUCUCGGAAUUUUUUUCAGGCUUCCCCAGUUAAUUAUUCAGGACUCUUUUACAACCCAUGAUUAGAAAAGGAGCUAUGAGAGUUGUGGAUGUUAACCCAAGAACACACUCUAAUGACCAUCCAAAGCUCAGACCUUCUCAUCAAGACUCAAAUACACUAGUUGAGUGUAUCACUCUUGCUCUUACCAAUUUCUAUUGUAACUUUAAUUAAGUAAAUUAGGUUUGAUUGAGUCAUUAUUGUAUGAUACUCCACUCAUGUAAGUACUGUAGUAACAAAAUUGUCUCUUUCCAGGUACAAGUCGGGCAAGAACAAAUGGUUUUUCCAAAAGCUGAGGUUCUAA